AGCCCAUAGUUUCUAUUCCAUCGCUGUUUCAUUACGGUCUCUUGGAAAGUUAAUCGCACGGGGAUUUAGAUUAGCAUGUCGACUCCAACCAAUGAAACAAAUACUCCUCCCUCACCCUCACUCCCAACCGUUGGCGUUCUCCCCACACCUAUAUACUACGUUGCGGAUCCCUCCAUCAGCGGAGCAUGGCUUUGGUUUGGUAUUGCUUCGGCGGUAACAGUAGUAUGUGUUCUCGUCUACGAACUCAUACGGCGAAGACACGGACUGCGGAGAGUAUUGUAUACACGGGUUGCGACAAACAGACGCGAGACUCCUCCUAUACCAAUGGGCAAAUUUGGAUGGCUUAAACCCGUCAGAGACCUUCCGGAAAGCUACAUUGCGGAGAAUGUGGGACUGGAUGCCGUAAUGUUCCUCCGGUUUCUUCGCAUGUGUUGCUUUAUAAUAAUCGGGUUGAUAUGCGUCCUGAUCCCAAUCCUGAUUCCCGUAAACGUCAUGUCAAAUCCCCCAGAUUCAGAAUCAAGAAGCAGUGUCAAUUCCACGUCAGGCAGAUUUUAUUUUGGAAAGGAAUCGCUCGAGAGAUACUCGUUUUCAAGCGUUCCUCCAGGUUCAAGCUUUCUGUGGGCGCAUAUCGUGUGCGCGUACUUUGUCUCUGCCGUAACAUACUACUUUUUGUUUACAUCUUACCGUGACUAUGCACGCUUGGCGGCAAGCUACAUUCAUGAAGACACUGGAGUCAUGACGAAAAGAACCCCAGAGUGGCGAAAAGGGGAGCUGGUUCAGCUACGUACGAUUCUUGUUCAAAACAUACCGGACGAGCUGCAGCGCGACGACAAACUGAAAGCAUGGUUUGAAUCAUUGGAAAUUGGAGAAGUGGAAGCAGCAACAUUGGAUCGGGAUGCAGGAAAUCGACUACUUCGCCUAGCGAAACAAAGGGAAAGGGCACUGAAGAAGCUGGAGAGGAGUUAUGUGAAAUGGUUGGUCAACAUUGACAUUGAGAGAACAAAGCGGAAAGGGGGAAAGGUGUGGAUGUAUACGCCGGGGAGAUUGCUGCGACUCCAUUCAGCAAAGCUGGAUCUGGCGGAAAUAGGGAUCGAUGAGUUGACGCUGGAACGACUGCGACCCGUUCGCAGAAAGCAAAGGACGAGGGGAAAGUCAUCCAGUUGGUCGUUUGGCACCGGCAGCGAUGAAAUCGAUUAUUUUACGAAAAAGCUCACCGAUUUAACGGUGCAACUAAAGCAUUUAAGACAAAUCGGAAAGGGAGAUCCAGGGGCCGUCUAUCGUGAUCCGAAAACUGUGGUACCAACGGCGGCAGCAUUUGUGACAUUCCGCACGCAACGUGCGGCCCAGCUUGCAGUUCAAGUUCUGCUGAGAGGAUCAGAUAAUUAUUGGUCAAUGUCAAUAAGACUGGCACCUGCAGUACAGGAUGUCUUGUGGGAGAAUAUCUCGCUUCCAGCCUGGCGUCGCGAAUUGCAGAGCUGGAGUAUCACCGUGCUUUCGUGUCUCUUUUCCUUUUUCUGGAUCGUCCCAACGUCUCUUAUUGCGUCCCUAACGAGUCUGGACUCCCUCGCAAAAGUACCAGCGUUCGAAAAAAUGGUCACCAAUAUUGCAAAGUCUCCCCAACUCUACUUUUUGAUCAAGACCGUCGGUCCACCGUUAGUUGUAAACAGUUUUAAUCUCAUCGUUCCGUUUAUUCUCGAGUGGAUGUCCUACCGCCAAGGAAUUGAAUCGAAUUCACACGUAGAAAGAGCGACAAUGUCGAAAUACUUUUUCUUCCUCUUCUUCAACAUAUUUUUCGUUUUUACACUUGCCCAAACCAUUUUCAGAGUGGUGGGAGAAUUUUUGCAAAAUCCUAUAUCCAUUAUCAAUUUGGCUGUGGAGGUUUUACCACAAGGGGCUACAUUCUUCAUUAAUUACAUUAUCCUCAACCUGAUGUUAUUCCCUCUGGAACUCUUGCGUCCGGGUAUUAUGGUGCUCAUGUUUCUUGGACGAUGGUUGAUAAAAACACCACGAGAGUUCCAUGAGCUCAGCAUUUAUUCAAGCUAUCUCAAUUAUGGCAUGUUAUAUCCCAUGCACGUAUUGAUCUUUAUCAUCGUUAUAUGCUACUCUAUCAUUGCGCCGUUAAUUCUUCUUCCUGGUGCCAUUUACUUUGCGCUCGGCUGGGUUGUUUACCGGAAUCAGCUGCUCUUUGUGUAUGUGAAAGAGUGGGAAAGUUUUGGUCAGCAUUGGGUCAUGGCAUUCAAAAGGUGUGUUACGGGAUUGGGUGUGAUGCAGGUCCUGUUGGCUGGAAUGCUGGCCGUCAAGAAUGCGCCGACACCAUCCGCUCUCUGCAUUCCUUUGAUUAUCAUGACGAUAAUUUUUUAUGUGUACUGUCGAAAAGUCUUUGAAAAGCAAACGUACCUCGUUCCUUUGGACCAAUUUACAUGGUCUGCUCGCAAAGAGAAAGCCCAAACACAACCGGUAAACGACAUAGGUUUUCAAACGGCGUCGCAGCCUUCAUUACUUGCGCCGCCGUCGGUUACGGAAACAUUGGAUCAGCCGCGGCGAAGCGGGCAGCACUCCAUUGCUCCAACAGACCUGUCAGAUGAAGGAAGCAGCGCUAGACGACCAUCCCUUGCAGCUUCGUCGACUGCAGCAGCUCCCACAGAUGACCCCUACCCACCAAUGGAUAUCGUAACCUCUGCAGAACAGCACGCAUUGGAACGUUAUCCGACAAGCUACUUGAACCCAAUGCUCUCGAAACCUCUGCCAAGGCCAUGGGUACCGGUCUCGAUUGCAGAAUGGUGGGGACGGCUGCCUCAAUUUUCUUCGAGGCACAAGAAAGCAACAAAUUCAUCCGAGAUACCGAGGGACAGUAUGCAAUCCACUCGCUCAACUGUCGAGCAAUUGCAAAACCGCCGACCGAGCACUUACGCUAAAUUGAAGAAGCCUGGAAUACAAGCCGCGGCAACAGCGGGUGCGAUAGCCUUGGCUGUGGGCGCGCCCAGUCGGUUGAGCGAGGAGCCACCUGUUCAUGAUUUUCCAUCACAAUACAACAAAGAGGCCGCCCAAGAAGAAUCGGAUGCAUGUGUACCAGCUCUCCACGUUGAAGCUGCCGAGGACGAAGAUGGUACAAUACCAAUUGAGAUGUUGCCAAUGGCUGAGGUUCAACCAAAAGAGUUCAUGAGAGUUGAGGAGGGUAAUGAGGAUGACGUAGAAAAAGGGAUGGCCCCAUCCGCCUCAGAAAGUAGUAUGGCGCGGUUGGUAAAAGAUACAUGGGACUUGGAAGAAGAGGGGUGAUCAUAGUUCUUGCAUAAGACAUCAUAAGUAUUAUUCUAGUUUUUUUUUUUUAAUUUAUUUCAUUU